AUGACUCUGUCUCUUAGUGGUGCCUUAGAGAAGCUUGUCCAGGCUUCAAGAUUCGUUGAGCGUCGGAACGGCGUGAAAGAAAAAGAAAAGAAAAAGAUCAAGGCAGCUGCCACAUUACUGAGGAAUGGGUACCCAUCCCAAGACUCCAUCGGAGCAGGCCGACAGUCGACUUAUCUCGACUUCCUCCGCAAGGUUCUACAGCUGAACGGCCCAUCGAUGGUCGUUCUUUGUGCUAUUGGCUUGGGACUUUCGACAAUUUCCAUCGCAAAGGAGAGUAUACGGCUUGAUCUUCCAUAUGAGAUCCAAAAUCAUUCUAGCCUUGACAACCCUGUGCUCCGAUGGCUUGCACGUCAGUAUCUCAGUUUUUCUCUCUACCCAGAGGCUCCCCAGGCUCCCUUAAAAGCCGAUAAUGGAACGGUGAACCGAGUCUCCGAGACUCAAGACGCUCUCGAGCAUCAGGAACGGGGGCAAGGAAGCUACCAAACCAUUCAACAGAUCUUUAGUAUGACAUCUAAAUCUUGUGGGUCAUGCUGCUAG